UAUUUGCUUUUGUGGCAAUACUCCACUCUAGGAGUGCAGUGGCGACGAAUAAAUAUAGAUCUGUGAUCUCCAUACUAUAAUACUUCAUUACAUGAUGAAUGAACCAGGUGUUUUAACACAAUCCAAUCGUAAAAAGUAGGCUAAAUGUUUUAUUGGAAAUCACGAUUGUUUAUACUGCUGAGUGACUUUGGUAACAUUGUCAAAGCGUUUAUUGGAGCAAACUACUUAACCAUCUCCUAUGCAUUUAGACAGAGUGGGCUUGUGACUGGCAUAAUCCUUUUAGUAUUGAUAGCUGUAAUAACUGAUCACUGUUGUCAUUUAAUAGUCAAGUGUAAAUACCAAGCUAUUAGAAAUGUCAAAGGAAAGACAAGAUCAGGGUCUAAUGUAUCUUCUAAAAGUGAAGAUGAAGUGGAUUUUCGUCAUAAAUCACAAGACCCAGAAGACAUCAAGGCAUUACAUCAGAUGUUGGUCAGCAGUACAACAUAUGGAGACAUAGGAAAGAUUGCUUUUGGUUCCUAUGGACUUUUUAUAGUCAACAUUUGCAUUCUUUUCACCCAGUUUGGUUUCUGUAUUGCUUAUUUCAUAUUCAUUGGUAACACCAUCUAUUCCCUGUUUCCUAAAGAAAACUCCACAGUGACAAGUACAUACCAUGCAGAACCUGAUGCCAGUCUGCCUAUAGAAAUACUGCCAUCAAGCGUGCCAAUUUAUAACAUUUCAGAAUUUAUCAGUAGAUCCACAGCUCCUGACCUGCGAUGGCUUGUGCUUUCCCCAGCCCCUUUGUUUGUGGGGUUUGCUCUGAUUCGACAAAUGAGACAUCUUGGCAUUGUCAGUGUGUGUGCCAAUCUGUCAAUAUUUCUGGGCGGCAUAGUGACCUUGAUAUAUAUAUCUGAUGGUUUUAGUUUGUCUUCUGAUUGGCAUCUCUACAAAUGGACCACAUUACCUAUAUUUUUUGGAUUGGUGACAUCUUCAUAUGAAGGAAUAGGCACUAUAGUUCCUAUUGAGUCAAGCAUGGAAGGCAAUCAUCACAAUUUCGCUCCAUUUCUUCAUAGCGCUAUUCUCAUUUUGUCCUCUAUUCUGUCCACUUUCGGUAUCAUCGGCUACCUUCGCUAUGGGGAAGCAACUGAGCAAAUAUUAAAUAAAAACAUUCCGACAACAUCACCUACAGGAAUGCUCAUCAAUAUAUUUUUAUGUGUUGGAGUUCUUCUCACAUUUCCCCUUCAAAUAUAUCCAGUGAUAGAAAUUUCAGAAACCUAUUUAUUAGGAAAAGAUUGCAAAUGCAUUGCAAGAAAAAAAGGUGAUAGCAGUGAUAAUAUAGUGGAUGGAGAGAAGGACAAAGAUGAUGUUCGUGCUGUGCUGAUACAAAAAAAAGAAAAAAUUAAUACAGAUUUGAUAUCACUUCCUACUCAGAUACCAGCUUGGAAAAGAAAUAUUCUAAGAAUAUUUAUUGUACUUAUAACUGCUGGUCUUGCAGUACUACUAAGAGAUUUCUUUGCCUACGUCAGUUCUUUUGUGGGAGCAAUAGGAAGCUCAGUUCUGGCUUAUAUACUUCCCUGCCUUUUUCAUCUUAAGCUUUGUGGGAAUAACAUCAGCUGUAGUAUAAAAAUAAAGGAUUAUAGCAUCAUCAUAUUUGGAGUACUUGCCAGCAUUGUAAGCCUGUAUACCACCAUAAAGGAAGUUGUUGAUAAACUGAGUUAGUCUUGGCUCAUAAUAAUGUCUCACUGCUGAGUGCAAUGGCAAACAAGAAUCAUGACAAUAACAUAGCAUGAUGUUACACCACAAUACCACAUCAUGGUGUUAUGCUACAAUGGUACCACACUCAAGGAUUUCCCCACAAUGGUCACCACAACAGAACACCACAAGAUAAAAACAUAGAGCAUAGCACACAGUAAUGCCAACUACAUUUAAUGUAUCUGGAUAUUAAACUUAAACACAUAUAUUUUUAAUGCUUAUUUAUUAUUCAUUUGCAUUUCUGUUACUCUGUCUUCAUUUUUUAAAAAUAUAUAAAACAAUAUUAACAAAACAUUAAUAAUAUUAUUGAUUAUCAUUUCCUAUUAAGAAAAUAGAUAAUUUUAGAAUGUAAGGAGAUGAAUAAUUUUAGAAUGUUUUUGUAAAUAAAAAUGUUUUAUUUACUGUAAGAUGAAACACUUAUCAUCAAGAAUGUCUUCUAUUCUGAUAAUUUAAAAAGAUUUUUCACAAAAAAAUAUUACUAAAUUGUAAUCAUAUGUUAUAAUAAGAGAUAUGAAUUAUACUUAUAAAUUAUUGGUUUUCAUUGUGGUAAAUUCCAUUAACAUUGUUUGUUUGUUUUUUUAUUCUGCUAUAUAAUAAAAUCUAAACUAAGCUGAGUCUUUUUGUUUUUUGCUAUUUCCUAAUUACUGGUGAUACAUAUUGUUAUAACUAUUUUACUCAGCAAAGCUAAUGCCUCAUGUCAUAUUAUUAUUUUAUUUUGUUAUUGUUACAAACAACUAAAUUGGUGUUCUUUUUCCUAUGAGUCUUUAUAACAUUAGAUGUGAUUAUGUGAUUUAAUAGCUGUGAUAUUAGUUUUCUUGUAAUAAUCAUUACAAUGUGAAUAAAAAAUUUUUUUCAAGAACAAAAAGAUAUUGACAUUUUUUUUCAAGAACAAAAAGAUAUUAACAUUAUAUUUAAACAACCAAAACUGAAUAUCUUAUUUUAUUGGAUGUCCAUAUCAUGAAUUGUACCAUCAUCAUUUCUUUAAAUAAACCUACUUGAACAUAUAGGUUCUAUUCAAUGAAUACAGAAUAUAUGUUAGUAUAGACAGAGUAUGUGAGAAAAAGGAAUGCUUGUUUUAAUUGCACACCAGUACUUUCCUAACGUUUUUCUUUUAUAGCUAUAUUAAGGACAUUAUAAGUUUUAAAGAAUUAUGAGAUUAAACCCUAGUGAAGUUUAGGAUUAUUUAAAUGUUGGAUGUCCCUGAGUUGACCUAGCUCAAAUGGAAAGUAAAUAAUAGUUGCUCCUGACCACAGGACACCACAGGAGAAGGUCAAUUUUACAUCAUGUUUCCAAUAAACCAUGAAAUCUUAUGAGAUAGUUGUAAAAAAUAUACCGGUAUAGUCUUUAUUAUCAGAAGUGUUCCUUCAAAAUAUUCAAAUAGUCUUCUCUCAAUUUUAACCAGCAGUGCCAUAUUUUUAUUAAUGUAGUUUUCUUUUUGAAAUGCCUAAUAAUAAUUUGUUUUAUAUCAACUUAUCAAUAAAAAAGUUUUUUACAAUAAGAGUUAUAGAUUACAAUGUCUGUUCCUGUGCCACUAUAAUAUAAAAAUAUUAUUUUAGGUUUUGAUGAAAUUAAAUUGCAGAAACAUGCAAUAGGUUUUUUUUCUUUUCUUUUUAGGCAUCAUGUCCCAUUACAAAUUUAAUCCUAAAAACAGAA